UAAAGCUGCCCUACUAGUAUUCACCCUGACAUUUGAUACAGUGACAUGCUUAGAGUUGAUUCCCUGCAGGAUUCGCCCCUAAUUCUUGGGUGUAGUUACUCAUCUUCAUUGCAGGCCGCUGCUACAGCUCUGAAACACAUGUUAAAUAUUAAAAGUUUCUUUUAUGUUAUUCUCGGUAGGUGUUCUGCCAGCCUGAGUCAACGCUACGGUGUGGAUAUGUGGAGUCAAGAUCGAUAUCUCCUCAUAUCCCAGCCACGAUGAACCUUAUCCGUGCGGCUGCGCGAGCCCAUCUGCACAAAUCACGGACAUGAAAAUACAAUUCAAUACAUGGCAACCCACGGGUUCAAAAUCGGUUCAGCUUUCACCUUUGACGGCCCAUUACGCUAUAGGUCCUUAUCAAAGCCGCAUCUCUACGUCUAUCUCGCCAUCUAUGGUCUGGGAAUGGAUUAUGUUCUUCCACCUUCAGUAAUCGAGUCGAUGCUGCAUUGACUUCAUAGAUCAAAAACACUGCAAAACACGGGGUGGACGCCAGGCAUGUCAUCAUUGUGCGUCUCACUGACGUCCUUAACAGCAUCGAAUAGAGCCGGAUAGGGGUAAACUGUCAUUGGCGGUUGAUGCUGCUUGAUGGGCAGAAUCAUGAUAAGAUAGAAGGGACUUCAGCCCACGAGUGCUUGCAAAGGUGUGUCAUUGAUAAUAGUAAUACGCGAACACAUAAAUUUAGCAGUCAUAUCUGAUUUGACGAGAGAGAGCCAGCUAUUGUGCAUGGAUAUAAACUUGUUGAUACCGGGUCCACCUCACAAGCUGCCUU